GUCCUGGCUAGAUUCACAACUACCGCAAUGCAAUGACUUUGAUACGUGCAUGUCAACAUCCAGGCUUCAGGGUACAAACUGCUUACCCGCUGGCAUUCGGGAAGGCAUUUCCCUCAUCCUGCAGCAGUACGCACUUGUCUGCACAAACGUGUUUGUUCUUCAGAACUGUCCAUUGUGAGAGAUCUAGGCAGCAGCUGACACUGUUGAAAUCCUGGUACGUAGUGCACUUGGGCAGGACCUUGUUUCUCAGGAAUUGCUCACAAUUUUCUUUGGUGUUUGUUCACAGUGAGAAGAUAGCUGAAGAGCUGUUGUGCUGAAAUGCUCCUUUGCUCUUUUCUUGUCUGCACAUGCUGGGGAUGUACUGGGAUGUUCAUCCCCUAUUUGGAAGCGAUAAACAUUAGCCUUUUCUGGAUUGCUUUGGUCUGUAAUCAUGAGCUCCUCAUAGAGGUGACGCAGCCACUAUAAUUCCAGAAGGCUGCUUUAUAACAUGACUGUUCUUUUGGGUUUUUCAUGGAAAUGGCUCAUCUUUCACUCCAGUCUUCUACAUAGAGGCAGAGCCACAAGAGAAAUUACAGAUGGUGCAUCCCUGUGUCCUUCAGUAUAGAAGUCUUUCCUAUAAUGGGUUCUAGAUGGGGCUUCAUUUUUCUUAAAGAAAUGUUGCUGGACACCCGCCUCCACAACUUGCCCCAAGACACACGUAGUGAAUUUGAUCCUGUGUGGGUUGUGCAAACCUAUGAGUAAACCCCAAUUCUGAAGUGUUCCUUUUAUUACCUUUCCCCGUGUGUGUGUGUGUGGGUGUGUGUGAUCUGUCUGUCCCCUGCUCUUGCAAAUGGACACCAACUCAAUCUUCUCCUGUCUCUCGUCUUAUUUGCUCUCCAGUGUCCAUGCUACUGAUACCUUGAGACUUUCUGUUUCUCUCUUCUAUGAGGUCUGAAAUCUGGUGGUGUGUCUGCAACCCAAACUGGAAACCAAUGUCAUUGCCUCUGCUCUUUUACUCUUCUCGAAUGCCUCUGGCUUCACAGUCCAUCUGGAGGGCCUCCUCUUAGUGUAGGCCUAGGAGCAGAAUCAAGCCCGGAGACUUGCAGGUAGAUUUGAGGGCUGUUGGUGUGUGGUAGAUAGAGUAAUUCACUGUUCCACGGUUCCCCAUUCGUUCUCCAGUGAAAUAAAACCAGCCUACAUUUGAUAACGAAAUACUUCAUGUUUCUGAGCUGUGCUGUUUUGCUAAUUGCAUUAAUAUUUAAAAGCCAACUGAUGUAAGAAUGUAUUAUUUACAUGAAUCAUAGUAUGAAAAUGGUCUAAUAAAAUGGCAUUAAGAUAGUUUGCUGUUAUUCAAGUCCAUCAGCUCUGUUCAGAACCAAACACUCAAACUCCUCUUUGGAUACCAGGUAGAUUUUUAUGAUAACAUCCUCAACAGCCACUGGAAAGAUGAAGAGGUAAAGCGUAUUCUACAGAUUUCUGUUAGUGGCAUGAGCAGCAGACCUACACAAAACAAGUGAUUUUUUCCUUGUGUUUUUUUGUUUUUUGUUUUUUUGGCCAGACUGAAUGUGUUUGUGAAGAGGAAAUCUGGAAAGGAGUGUCCAUUACUAAAUGUAAUUUGGGGAAGGGAAAAAAAAAACCAACGUUGAGAUUCUUGUAAAGAGCUUUGAUACACUCCCGGGAUUUGCUGCUGCUGUUGUUUCUGCUUCCAGGAUUGUUCUUAAUGAUUUUAUUACUCAAGUCCUCAUUUUUCCUGAUGAACGUACCCUGACUCAAACCAUCUGAGUGUAGAACAACCCUGCAGACAAAUGAAGUGGUCGGGAGAACACAGUUAUUGCUCCACUCAAAUCACCUAAGAAGAGGACUCCCCAUGCAUUGAAGUUCUUGAAACGGUAGGGGCAAAAUCUCCUGCAGAUCAAGAGCUCUCACUGAGACUGGACUGCUCUGCAGCUCUUGUAAGUCCUGCCUGUGUAUUUGAAUAGCAUGCUUGUACACUGUUUGUGAAUUGCUCCUUAGUAAGACUUGCUAAUUUUAGAGAGUUGUAAGCAAAAUCUCCUUUUUUUCUCUUGCUGCAUAGGCUUAAAUCUUGAUAUCCACUGUAUUAGAUGAGCCCAAAUUAUGUACACUUUAUUGGGCUAGCCCAUGCGAAGCUCCAAACUUUGUUCUACAGAGUUUUGCCGUUUCACUUACAUUGCAAAUUCAUGUCUGCCUGAAGACAGUAGCUUUGCAUUCAGUGGGAAAUCUCGACCAAGUGCUUUUAGAAAGUGCAUGGAAUGACUAAAGCAAGGUUGAGGGAUGUCGGUGGGGAGAGGAGACCAAGCCCUGCUCCUUCCCACUGAACCUGUUCUGUUUCUAGGACUGUACUUGUGGUGCAUUCAGAGCUACAUCCCCUGACAGGAGACCACACGCAUCUCCCACAUGGCUGUGCUCUUUGUCCAGGGCUUUGGAUAUUUCUAAACAUUUUUAUUAAUUCCUUCUUGAAUUUAAUUGUCCUUCAGAAUUUUUAAUAGCAAAAUUUGAGUAGCAAACUACCUCACUUAUGAUUUUUAAUAGCAAAUUCAUCGUCUUGCAUUAUUUCUCAUGUUAGUUUUAAGAAAUAGUAUUUUCUAUUUAUUUUUGUGAAGGGGGACGCAGAUGCAGAACGUUGAGUCAAGAACCAUAAAAGUGGAAAUUAAAUUUCAUCUCUCACUCUCCUGUUUUCAGCUGCUGUCCAUGUAAAGUCAUGCAUGGUUUAGAUCUUUAGAUAUCUAUCCUGCAUCAUUACAGAGUAGUCAAAUAGGCAACAAAGAUCUCAUUCCAUUUUUAAUUUAAUAGGAAAUCGCAUUAAGUCGCUGGACAAAAUGGUACUGAAAAUCCUGGUCUAUCCUAAACUAUGGUUUUGCUAACACUCGACCAUCAUGUAUUUGCGAGAACUGAACUUGGGUAGAAGUAUGUUUCUGAAUCUGAUCGCUCCAGGCGUGCGGAACAAUAUUUAGCACUGAGAUCUGUCUAUUGGUGACGGGACUUUCUGUUGCAUGGCUUUAUAAAAUUCCUACAAUCAAAUUAUUAGAGUUUCCAGGACAAUGUGGGGUUUUGGGGAAUGUUUCCUUGCAUCUUCCAGACCGUCACAAAGCUGGUGGUGCCAGAGCUCCAAAGGAGAACGGUGCCUUGUUUUCUCUACUACUGAAGCUCCAGAGUAUUUUCCAUCAAAUAGCAAAAUGAGCAGUGGUUGCUAAAUGCCUUCUUUUGUCAGUUUGGCUCCUUUCCUUUCAUUCAGACGGGAUGGACAGUUGGCUGUUUAUAACACUUCAGUAAGAGAACAGACAAAAGAUAUUCUCUGUCGCAAUUUUAGCCUAUGUACUGCGCUCUGUCAUUGUGUUCACAAUUGUAAAUUGGGUCGGAUCCAGGCAGCUCCACUUUCUAGUGACUUUUUCAUUUCUCUUUUUCUUAGUGUCCCUAAGCUGACUUUCAGCUUCCUCAUACCACCUGCUUCCUGGCUGCCCUUGCUGGGCUCGUUUUGCUCCUUUCUGCCAGUUCAGUGCCACAGUAGCUCCAUUGCAAUCCUUGCGUGGUAACUGUCCACGCUUGCAGCAUGUCCUUUUCUUCCAGCGUGGCUGAGAUGCAGCUACCUUGUGCUGGGAUGGCAGCUCAGGCUCUGUCUGUGUGGCUAAGGCAGCCCUCAACGUGCCAUCCUGAACGUCUCCCUGUAGAAGACUUAAUUACUACCUCACUUAUGAUGAGCCCCUGGCAGAGAAACCCACCUGUAGCAGCUCAGCCUCACCUUCAUGGUCCCGUCUUCUGAAUCCUUCCCAGCAACACUUUACACUGCAAAUUGGCUGGACCCCUGUUUCAUUCGUCUUACCACCCCUCCUCUCUCCAUCCCUUUCUCGUCAGCUCUCCUUAGCAUCAGUGCUUUACUGUUUCCAGCAUAUCCCUCAGUUAACACAGCUGGCCCCUUCCCCUUCUCAUGCCCUGCGAAUCUUGUCCUAUGGACUAAGAGAUGGAUGGAGGGCGAGGGCGGUGGGUGACAAGGAGUUUGUGCUUGAGCCUGGAUCUGUGUCCGUGCACACUGGGGUAAGCGUAACUCCACUGGCUGAAGGAAGUUGUUUAGGGCCUAAUCAUUCACGGAGCAGCUGAGCUGUUUUCUCCUGGCUGGGCCUCUGAUGCCUCAAGCUGUUGUGCUCCCUUAACACGGUGCGUAAGGAUGAUCUUCCAUUUCCGAGAGGCUGGUUGCGUUUAGGGUGAGGCUGCAGAACCCUUUGACGCUGGGCUGUCUUGUAAGAAGUGUGUCCAUUUCAUUGCCUUCGGCUAGUGUUCAAGGCUUUUGGAGUGACGUAGUUACGUAGCACGGGGCAAAAGUGAGCCGCCCACCUGACAAAAUGGUGGCGGGUCCAACAGGAGAGUGCAUUGCUUGGGUAGCUCAGUGCCUCCUGGUGGGGAGAGGCCUGGGUGGUGAGGGGGGUUUCCUGGCUUGUGGGCACAGCAGCCUGCUUCCUCCUGUUGUUGGAGGAAAAUCCCAAAGCAAGUGAUGGUGUUAGUGUCCCUGGGUUCCUUGCAGAUUGCCCAUGAACCAUGUCAUCCAUCCUGGGAAUGAUGAAGAAAUUCGGCAGCUCUGAUGUGGAGGAAUCUGAAGUCACCGACGAGCACACGGACGGGGAGGAUUCCACUCUGGGGACCCCCGACAGCCUGCAAGGCACCCAGAGCACCAAGUUGCAGCCGCCGCCCAAAAGCAACAUCUUUAGCCGCCGAGGGCGGUUCGUGAUGGGGGACGGUGAUAAGGACAUGGCUCCCAUGGACUCCUUCUACCCGAUGGACCACUUGGUAUCUCCGCCCAUCAUCAAGUUCAGUGCCAAUUUGGAAAGAGGAAAGUUUCACCAUCAUUUUGGCAAGCUCCUGUCCACUGAGUCCAUCACAAGCUGCUCGGAUAAAGCUUUCAAGUACUAUGAUCGCAGGAGGAUCUUUGACGCUGUAGCCCAGGGCGAUGUAAGUGAUCUGGACCACCUGCCGAUGUAUCUCAGCCGGACCUUGAAGCAUCUCACAGAUGAUGAGUUCAAAGAGCCGGAGACCGGGAAGACCUGUUUGUUGAAAGCCAUGCUGAACCUGCAUGAAGGGAAAAACAACGCCAUUCCCCUGCUGCUGGACAUUGCAGAGAAAACAGGCAAUCUGAAAGAGUUUGUUAACGCUGGGUAUACUGACAACUACUACAAGGGUCAGACCGCACUCCAUAUUGCCAUUGAAAGGAGGAAUAUGUAUCUGGUGAAGCUCUUGGUCCGGAGUGGAGCAGAUGUUCACGCCAGAGCCCACGGCGAGUUCUUCAGAAAAAUCAAAGGGAAGCCAGGCUUUUAUUUCGGUGAGCUGCCUCUUUCUCUUGCUGCCUGCACCAACCAGCUGUGCAUCGUGAAAUUCCUCCUGGAGAACUCGUAUCAGCCAGCCAACAUCGUGGCCGAGGACUCCAUGGGAAAUACAGUCCUGCAUGCGCUGGUGGAAGUGGCGGAUAACACCAAAGAUAACACCAAGUUUGUCACCAAGAUGUACAACAACAUUUUGAUCCUUGGAGCCAAAAUUAACCCGAUGCUGAAGCUGGAAGAGCUCACUAACAAGAAGGGCCUGACUCCUUUGACCUUGGCAGCAAAGACGGGGAAGAUAGGGAUUUUCGCCUAUAUCCUCAGACGAGAGAUCAAAGACCCCGAGUGUAGGCACCUGUCUAGAAAGUUCACCGAAUGGGCCUAUGGACCUGUCCACUCGUCUCUGUAUGACCUGUCCUCUGUAGACACGUGUGAGAGAAACUCUGUGCUCGAGAUCAUUGCCUAUAGCAGCGAAACCCCUAAUCGCCAUGAGAUGCUGCUGGUGGAACCACUGAACAGGUUGCUGCAGGACAAGUGGGACCGGUUUGUAAAACACUUGUUUUACUUCAACUUCUGUGUGUAUGCCAUCCACAUCAUCAUACUCACCAUCGCCGCCUACUACCGGCCUGUGAAAAAGGAGAGAGAACAGCCUCCCUUCGCAUUUGGCUACAGCACUGGGGAGUAUUUCCGUGUCACUGGAGAGAUCCUGAGCGUGCUGGGAGGUCUCUACUUCUUUUCCAGAGGGAUCCAGUAUUUUGUGCAGAGGCGCCCGUCGUUCCGGACCCUGCUAGCGGACAGCUACAGUGAGGUUCUUUUCUUUGUCCACUCGCUGCUCCUGCUGAGCUCCCUGGUGCUGUACUUCAGUGGGCAGGAGCUGUACGUGGCUUCCAUGGUCUUCUCCCUGGCGCUGGGCUGGGCCAACAUGCUGUACUACACCCGAGGCUUCCAGCAGAUGGGCAUUUACUCGGUCAUGAUUGAGAAGAUGAUCCUGAGAGAUUUAUGUCGCUUCAUGUUUGUCUACCUAGUAUUUCUCUUGGGAUUUUCCACAGCGGUGGUGACUCUGAUUGAAGAUGACAAUGAGGGACAAGACAACAGCACUGCUGACUGUCCCCGAUGCUGCCAACUGAAGCGUAGCCGCACAUCCUACAACAACCUUUACUACACCUGCCUGGAGCUGUUCAAGUUCACCAUUGGCAUGGGGGAUCUGGAGUUCACCGAGAAUUACAGGUUCAAGUCUGUCUUUGUCAUCCUGUUGGUCCUGUACGUGAUCCUCACCUACAUCCUCCUGCUCAACAUGCUCAUUGCGCUGAUGGGGGAAACGGUGAACAAGAUCGCACAAGAGAGCAAAAGCAUUUGGAAACUCCAGAGAGCCAUCACCAUCCUGGACAUCGAGAACAGCUACCUGAACUGUGUGAGACGCUCGUUCCGAUCUGGGAAGCGAGUCUUAGUGGGGACGACACCUGACGGCAAGGACGAUUAUAGAUGGUGCUUCAGAGUCGAUGAGGUGAACUGGUCCACAUGGAACACGAAUUUGGGCAUAAUCAAUGAGGACCCUGGAUACUAUGGAGAUUUGAAGCGAAACUCCAGUUUUUCCUUUAAAGCUGGCAGAGUUUCAGGGAAAAACUGGAAAACUUUAGUUCCUCUACUGAGAGAUGGCAGCAGACGGGAAGAGGCACCAAAGCUGACAGAAGAAGUCAAGUUUAAAUCUGUUUUGGAGCCUUGUUACGAGUCUGACAACUUCAAGGCACCGACAGAUUCAAUUCCAAAGUCGGCGUAACUGUGUUGUUGUUGUAUUUCUUUUAUAAGUAUUAUUUUUUUUUUUUUAGUUUUCAGGAGAAGGUCAGUUCUUACUGCCUCUGCAAACACAGGGUCCCCCCUAGGAGAGGAGGGCUUUCUGGGGAGAGCUCAAAGGGAAUGGGGAAGACACUGUAUGUAGUAAUUCACUGAGUAUGCUAAGUAAACAGCUUGUUGUUUUA